AUGAUAAUACACGUGCUAUUUAUCGCGUUGGCAUUGUAUACCACGCCAACUUUAUCGUUGUUAAAAGAUCCUUGUGCCAGAAUUGCCACAAAACCAAACGAAAGUCAUUCGUACGAUGAUGUCAAAGCAUGCUUCUUGAGCACACCGUUUAAUGCAAGUGCAGCGAUGAACACACUUGUGACGCUAAAAGAUAUAUUCAAAGAUAUUUACGUUUUCACGGAUCAAUCCAAAGAGCCAGUAAAAGAAGGAUUUGAUUAUACCCCGUUGGAUAUUUUAAACGUUCUCGACACUUUUCUUGAUAAGAAAAAAUACAUCACGGACUUCGAGUUUAACAAAGAUCUGCGUUCCACCAUCAAGAAAUUGCGUGAUGGCCACACUGAAUUUCAGCCUGGAUGCUAUUUAAAUGAUGUCUUAUUUGACCAACAGAUAUAUUUGUAUUCUAUAGUUAGCAACGGGAAGCAGAUAAUAAAAGUAUUUGACGACACAGUCGAUGGAAGGAAUGUGGACUGUGAAGUAACACACAUUAACACAAAACCUGCCCUCCAAGUAGUCAAGGAAUUUGCUCGUACUCAAUUGUCCACAUCAAGAGAUCUUGGGGUUAGGUUUAACGAUGCACUUGCCUCCGUAAGAUGGGCCGAAAUUACCCCUACUUCAAACCAAUUUUCUGUAAGAAAUGAAUUACCCGAAUCCGAAUCUAUCACUUACUCCCUAAAGUGUCCGAAUCAAAAACCAUUUCAGCUUGUGCGCAAAUGGAAUAUAACCACAAAUUUUUUUUUAGGAUGGAGUAACGAGAAAACUUUUCAGCAGUAUUGUUUUUCUACUGAUUUUGUGGCGGGCUCUCGAGAGUCAAAAAAUGUUGUGAAUUCACCACCACUCACCUAUGGGGAAGCAAAACAGGUAUAUUUUGGAGCAGCGAACGCAUAUAUAUUAGGAAAAGAUCUCGGAAUAAUUGAGAUCGGAACCUUUUCCUUUAAACGAUCUCAUGAUUCUUUUGGAUAUGAAUACCAAGGAGCCUUUCAGGAGUUAGUUAAAAGAAAGGUCAAAAAGGUUGUGAUUGACUUUUCAAAUAACCCUGGUGGGCUUCUCAAAUUUUCAAUUUUCCUCGGUGGGCUGAUAAUUCCUUCCGAGCACUUCAUAUUUCCAACAGAUCUUAGAGUCCCACCAAUAAUCCAACAAGCGAUUCGAAGUGAAAGCCAACCCGAAAGUGAUGGAGGUUUUUAUCAAGCAAGUUCUCGAAAUUCAUUUGAAACCGAGAAGCCCUUCACCAGUGCUGAUCAAUUUAUUGGUAACCGAAAUCUUACUCGUGGUGGCACCACAAAUCGGUACUCGGCUUUAAUUAACGAUCAGCUACCUGACUUAUUAUUAAAGAUAAUAAAAGAUCAACGUACAAGCCCAAUACAAUUUCCGUGGACUAAUGAUUCAAUAAUUAUCCUAACAAAUGGUCAUUGUGGAUCAGCUUGUGCAUUGGUUACACAAUUUUUUGCUGAAAUUGGACAAUAUCGAACGGCCACAGUAGGAGGAUUUCUUGGUCAGCCAUUAUCGUUUUCGUCGUAUCCAGGUGGUCAGAUACUUGAUGACGGAAUACUUGGCGAUAUAAAUGCACCCAAUAAAUUUGAAUCCAAUAAGAGACUAACGUUUACCAUUCGAGAAGCGUAUAGCUUGAAAAAUUUAAAUGAGGUCCUAGAAUUUCAAUAUAGACCAUCGAAUUAUAGAUUGUAUUAUGACGAACAGAGUGCUAGAGAUAUUAGUUUACUGUGGAAACAGGCUGCGGAUUUCUUAAGAUAA